GCUCGGAGGACUGAGAGAAGAAGAAGAGCUACCAGUAGCCUGCUAGCAGCUAGUGUUGCAACUCUGGUGCAGCUUCGUCAUUUCACUUUUCAUUCAUUACUUUUGAGGCCUUAACUGUUUUACAGGAUAAACAAAACGUGACCAUGGUGAAAAUUUUUAUCGGCAAUGUUGCCUGUGACACGACUCCCGGCAACCUGCGGGGACUCUUUGAGAAAUACGGCAAAGUCACAGAAUGUGACAUUGUCAAAAACUAUGGUUUUGUGCACAUGAGUAACAUGUCAGAAGCAGAGGAAGCCAUUAAAAACCUCCACCAGUACAAGCUUAAUGGCUGGCCCAUGAACGUGGAGAUGAGCAAAGGCAGGCCCAAGUCCACUACCAAACUACACGUGGGCAACCUGGGUGAAGGAGUGACCGACGAUGUUCUUCGAGCCAAGUUUGAAGAGUUUGGUACGGUUGUGGAGUGUGACAUCGUGAAGGACUACGCCUUUGUUCACAUGGAGAGAAUGGAGGAUGCAGUGGAGGCCAUCAGUAAGAUGGACAACACCGCCUUCAAAGGCAAGCUGAUGAACGUACAGCUGUCCACCAGUCGGCUGCGCACUGCCCCGGGAAUGGGAGAUUACACCGGCUGUUUUGUCUGUGGGAAACAGGGUCAUUGGUCAAAAGACUGUCCGAUCAAUGUCCGUGCUAACUAUGGUGAUGUCACUGGGAACUCUAGCUAUGGUGACAUCUCUGGGAACUCUAGCUAUGGUGAUGUCACUGGGAACUCUAGCUACGGUGACGUCCCAAGAGGUCGCAGCCACCAGCCCAGCCUGUACGGCCACCCGGCUUACGGCAGGGCCAGCUACGGUGCGGGCCCCCCUUCGGCUGAUUACAUGAGUAGCUCCGUCUAUAGUCACGCUGGUUACGCUGCUGCAGUGCCACCGCCACCUCGUAGACUUGAUGGCUACCCCUCAGACAUGUGGGCUCGAUAUGCCAGCGAAACGACGAGCUCAUACGCUGACAAGUUAUCAGCUUAUGAUCGACAUCGUCUCUACAGCAGUAGUGAAUAUUAUGAAAAGUACAGAGCUCGCCCUUAUGGCUCAAGCUAUUUCGAAGACCGCCGUAUGUCCUACAUCCCUCCUCCUCCACCUCCCCCCUCCUCUAUGUUAAGCCUCUCUUCCAGUCAGCCGUUGGCUCCAUCAGCUACACCGUACUACGCAGGUGAGCACGGCCGACCCGGACAAGCAUCAGGAUCUUCGGUCGGCUCCAGCUACGAGCGGACACGGCUGUCUCCCGUCUCGUCCUCCAGGACUCCCUACAGCGUCUCACGCCCCAAGGAUGAUUACGCACAACGCUAUGCACCGUACUAACGCCGUAGUGCCAAGGUGAGCACCAGAAUAAACACACAUGACGGUUUUAAUACAACUAAAAUUCUAGAUCUGUAUUAAGCCAGGCAGACACUGUGCGAUUGUCGACUCGUUUUGAACUGAUUUUCCAGUCGUGCGACUAUUUUUUGGAUCGGGCCGGAUUUCGACCCAAUCGUUGGUCGUGCCUCGUGCA